AUGCCGCACCUGCGGCUUCACAAUCAGGCCCCCGGGCUACGAUACCCUUCAAAUAAGAAAACAAUAUAUGACAGAAAUCUUAAUCGAACGAAGAACGCCGAAUUGAGUAGGGCGGCAUUCGCAUACCUGUUCGUAGAAAUGAUAUCCUACGCCCAACGGCGGCCCACCUGCACCCUCCCGCUCCUCCAGUUCAUCGCGCAAACACUCUGGCGGCACCUCUUCGGCCGGCCCGCCGACGCACUCGAGCGCUCCGAAUCCGAUGCCUCACAGUACAUGCUAUACGACAACGAGCUCCUAGUAAACCAAUAUAUCUCGUUACUCGGAGCAGGAGAGGGGUGGGGGUGGGGGGAUGUGGCCCGGGAAAACGGUGUUUUGAUCAAGUUCAAGCCGGAGGUUUUAGAGAGGGAGAAGAUUUUGGGGAGGGGUGGGGUUAGAGGCUAG